GGUCAACCCCUGCGCGCUCCAAAGAGGAUGUUCGGUUUGUCGGCAGUUGGUGGCAGAAAGAGGCGGAGAUGCGGGACAUCUCUUCAAACGUUCGUGGGGGAUUAAUGUGUUGAAGCCACAGAAAAAUAUAGCUCUAUUAGUUAGAAACAGCAACCUGUCCGAAAGAAAGAACCGUCCUGAUUCAUAAAAGCUCGGGAAAAAUCAGAUCCGCGCGUCGAGUGGACGGUCCCACCUCAGCGGUCAGAGUCUGUGAGGUCUUCUGCUUGACCUGCCUUGACCUUCAUGCCCUGAGGAUGAAGACGAACUGCAGGAUCCAUCUGUCCUCGGCUCCUGUCUUUGUCAAAGAGGACUCAGAUGUGAGCCCUAAUGAUGUGGAGAGAUCCACAGAUUACAGCGACCUCCAGAAACUCUCACUAGACCUCUGCUCAUUUGGAUUUCUGGACUCCUGUCUCCCCUUAAGUCCUUUAAACGCUCUACUUAACCCCAGCCAUGCUGAAAUAACCAGCCUGGGCUCUCCCUCCAGCUUCUUUCCGGAUGUGUCUGACGUGUUUUUGAUCCCUGUUUCGGAGCACAAUGACCAAAACACUCAUCUGCUGCAAGAACAAAAACCUGAGUGGCUGCCAGAUGUUGGAGAGGUGUGUCCCUCCUCUUCUUCUCUUACAACUGUUUCUCCCAAAUCUUGGAGUCUCCCUCUGUUGUUUGAAACCCGACCUCUAGGGACACCCAAGGAAGUUUCUGAAAUGCGGUGUCCACCUGCUCGUCCUGCAUCAGUGCAUCCUGAUGAGAUAGAUCCUAAUAAACUGGUGAAAGCUUUGUCUGAACAUCAGCAGGCUCAGCUACAGAGCCAAGUUGGUGGACUCCAGGGGAAAAUGCCUGCUUCCCUCCUCUGCAGCCGACAGCUGGAUGGACUGCACAGGAAGCCCAGAGAGGAUCCCCUUCCCGGCUGUGAACGCGGUGCUGUGGCUCCUCUGCAAGAAUGCAGUAACCCUCAUUUUUCCUGGCAAGACUUCUCAGUGUCUUCUCUGACGGGGCUCAGAGAGUUGGCGCAGUCCAGCCAGGUGGGGCUGAGAGGCCGUCAGGACGCCCUGGACUCCGAGGCGACGGUCAGCAGCAGCUCGGAUGAGGAGCCAGAGGAGGAGCUCCGUUCUCUUCUCUGGGAGAUGCAGUGGCUGGAGGAGAGGGCGGAGCUCGGCAGCGGGUGGAGUUGGCUACAACUGCGUCUCACUGAACUCAAAGGAAGGAUCCAACAAAUGGAUGAGCUGCAGAAGUAUCUACGCUCCAGCAAGGCUAAAGUGGUGCUUGCAGAAUCCCGGCCUCUGCCUGUCCGGCAGGUUCCGAACACCCUGAUGAGGGACAGAACUGGGUUUUCCUACACACCAUCAGAUUCUGACACGGAACCCUGCAGCCCCACACGCCUACUGUGCAGCAUAGAGAGACAGAGCGCCCAGCUUAGCCAGAUCGUGAAAAGUCUGUUGCCUCCUCUCAGCUGCUCUCCUCUCUCCAAACAACCCCCGACCCUGGCGGGGUCGAGCACCUUCAAAGGAUCUCAUUUCUGCAGUGGUCAGAGAGGAGGCGACAUUUUUCCCUCUGAGAGCUUCAGGAGAAGGAGACCAGCGACCCAGAGGCCCGUCAAAGUUGUCCCGUCGUGCGCCCGUACGCGAGCCGUAGUCGCUUUGCACAAACGCAAACUGUUCACUUUUUAUUCUGGAAAGGACUCCAGUCUACAGGAUUCGGUGGACUCCAUGUGUGGACUCUCCUCUCUCUUUUCUUGCUCCCAUGCACGCUCUGGUGAACCUGCAGCCUCCUCCUCUGAUGUCAGCUGCAGGUCCGGUAGUGACCUUUCCAGCAAUACUUCCUGCUGCAGAGCUCAUUCUACAUCAUCUGACUCCUCUGCAUGCCACCGGUUCCAGCGGCUGACGCUCAGAGAAGAAUGGUCCCAAAGGCCUCUUAUCAUCAAUGCUGAGGCCUUCAGUCCAUUAGGCUACAGGAGAAGCUCCACACCAAUGACCCAUCAGAAAUACAGGAAGAAAACGCUGGAUUUGUCACCUAUCGGGUCAUCCUGCUGCACUCUGGGUCGUACCAGUAAACCCAGGAGGAGGAGAAGGAGGAGGAAGAGGAGAACAUGCAUCUUCAGGCCAGUUGAAGACAUGGAUGUCCUCCACCAUCACUGUUACCAGGGAGACGGAUCUAGUGACAUGCCUGAAGAAAGUUACACACACGUGUCGCACAGCAAGGCCUCCCAGCUCUUUUUUCGAAAGGACAACGGCCACACCGUGUACCACAUCAAUGACGUGAUCAUCCACGGCUCCUCCCGUAGACUGGAAAAGCUGCAGUACAAAGAAAUCCCAACUCCCAGGUGGCGAGUACUUCAAAUCGAGCCGCUGACAGGAAUGGAAAUGGAGAGAGAUGAAAAUAAUGAAAAGUUGCAGACUGAGAACCUGACAGAUGACGUCUUCGCUCAGAGGCACCUGCUUUUGGAGCAGGAAGAGAAAUCCCGCCGGUGCUGCAGGCGUCCUCCCAGAUCUGCCAGCAGGUCGUCAGGCAGUAGGAGUGGGAAAUGGACAUCAGGUGAGGAGAGCUGCGGUCAGCUAGAUCAACUGUUGCGGUUGGAGGAGAGGGCGGAACCUUGGGAGCCCCAACUCUUCCCCUUAAGUGGAGCAGAGUACGUUGACCUUCUUGCUGAAGAAGAGACCGCACCAGGAUGGAUAGAUUCAAUCUCAUCCUCUCAUUUAUCCAAUGCCGCCGCCCCCAUCUCGCCAUACCUCAAGUGUUGCAGUCAGAAAGCAUGAGCCAAAAUGUGAAGAAACUGGAAAACUGAAGACAUUUCAUGGAAUGAACUUGAACACUGUGAAACUAGGAUUAUUACUUGGAUGUUGUUUUAACUGAUCUAUUUGUCUUUAGCUACACUUUUAUGAUUAAAAUUUUUUUUUUUAUUGUAAUUCAAAUAUCAGAUGUUAGCUAUUGUAAGGCAACUCCUGUGCUGUGUCAGGUUUACAUGCUUUAAACUUGUUAACUGCCAUUUCUUUCUUUGGUUGCCUUAAAAAAUGUAUUUACCUAUCGAUACAUUUUCAAAGAUGCAUUUGUUUUCCUAUUUUGGUGCCAUUGUUGUCUAUUUUGCUUGAUAAAAACAUGGAAGGUAGAAGUGGACAUUAAUGUAGGUGGAUGUUUUUGUGCUCUAAUAAAACAGGAUAUUCUGAUGUUUUUAAACCAA